GGGGAAUCUGCGGCCGCGGAACGGCAGGCGGCUCCACCCCGCGGCGGCGGCGGGUGCCGGGACAAGAUGGCGGCGCCGAGCAAGCAAUAUGGACUUAUUUUGCCCCAAAAAAUGCAGCAGAAAAAUCUUGCUACGAAGAAACUCUCAGUGUUUGCAGAUGACUCUGAUGAAGAGACAUCUGUUGGUGAAAGUCUUCAGAAAGAAGCAUUGAAAAAACAAGCAAUGAAACAGACUAAAUUGGAGAUCCAGAAGGCUUUGGCUGAAGAUGCUACAGUGUAUGAAUAUGACAGUAUUUAUGAUGAAAUGCAGCAGCGGAAGAAAGAAAAUAAUGCCAAAAUAUUAUCAGGAAAAGAUGAGAAAAAGCCCAGAUACAUCCAAAAUAUCCUCAAAGCAGCUGAGAUUAGAAAGAAGGAACAAGAAAAAAGGAUGGAAAGAAAAAUUCAGAAAGAGCGUGAAAUGGAAGGAGGAGAGUUUGCUGACAAAGAGGCCUUUGUGACUUCAGCCUAUAAAAAGAAGCUGCAAGAAAGGGCUGAGGAGGAGGAAAGAGAAAGAAGAGAAGCAGCUCUGGAGGCAUGCCUGGAUGUGACCAAACAGAAGGAUCUCAGUGGAUUUUACAGACAUUUUUUAAAUCAAAAAGUUGGAGAAGAAGAGAUGCCUAAAUGCAGCUUCCGUGAAGCCAGGAUAAAAGAAGAAAAAUCUAACAAUUAUUACGAUGAAUCCAACAAAAGAAACAAAGGCCUAGAUGAAAGACGGAGACUCAAGCCUUCUGCUAAGGAAGAGGAUAAUCCAGAUGCUGACACUGACUUGGGAAGUGAUAGUAGUGAUGAUGAUAAGAGACGUAGAAAUAGUAAAGUAUAUUUUAAAGAGAAGGAGAGGCGAGACAGCUCUGUGAGCAGUGAAGAGGAGUCUAAACAUCACAAGAGCCGGAAGCAUUCCAGGUCACCAGGCUCAUCCAGUGAGGAGGAUGAGCUGCGCGCAAAAGCACGAACAAAUCAUCCGAAGAGGGGAGAGAGCAAAACAGGCAGAAUGGGAAAUGAUGAACCAUACAGGGAAAAAGAUUAUGAGAGAAAAGGUAGGACCCAGGAAAAGGAUCACCAAAGGGAAAAGGAAGAGCGACAUAGAUAUGGGGAUCGUACUAGUAAGGAUAACUACAGAAGGAAGGAAGAGCAAGAUGAUAAACAAAGGGGGAAGGAAAGAAAAGAGAGAGAAGGACAUAGAGAAUGGAGGAAGGCAAAGGAGAGAGAGGAGAAGAGUUCAGAAAGGGAAAGAGAAAAAGAAAAAUUAAGAAAUGAUAAAGAUAGGUACAGUGAUAGAGAGAGGGACAGAGCAGAGAAGUACAGAGAAAAGGAAGAUCAUGUAAAAGAGAGAAAAGAGAAAUAUGGUAGUGAUGAAAAGAAAUACAGAGACAGGAGGGAAAGGAGUCCUACAUCUUUAGAAGAAGAUGGAGAGAUUGAUCUAGAAAAGCACACAAAGGGAAAAGACAGAGAGGUGGAUGAUAAGAGCAGCUCCAGCUCUGGAAUUUUAUUUGGGCCAAAACGUAAAGCUGGAGAGGAAGGAGAGAAAGAAGAGAACGGACAGACACAGAAACCGUCUGAGAACAUAAGCAAAUUUGCCAAACGGAGCAAUGAAGAGACAGUCAUGUCAGCAAGGGAUCGCUAUUUGGCAAGGCAAAUGGCACGUGUCAGUACAAAAUCUUACAUUGAGAAAGAAGAAGAUUAAUUUCAUUGCAGUGGACUAAAGCACUUGGAUCUCUCAAACUAAAGAGAAAAGCCACCGCUGCAAGGGCUCUUGUACAGAAGCAAAAGUGUUUCCUAGUUACUUAUUCCUGACUCUUCUUUAAAAUGUGCUCCAUAGUAGAAAAAGUAUCUUUUGAAAUGGAUUAAUGGAUCACUUCGUAUAUAACCUCAGUAAAUUUAUAUAGUCAGUGUAUUAAAUUUGUCUGUUUCUGCCCACCCUUGCCUUUAAUACCCUAUCCUACAUGUGUUUUAUUACUCAUCUGAAGAAUCUGGGACAGUCCUGCAGGUUUGACACACCACUGAGUGAGAACACAUCCUCUAGCGAGCCCCUACUUCUCUUACCAGCUGAUAUUGGCUCUGUUGAAGCAACAGUGUUUUCAGGCCAUAUCAAAAAUUAUUGUUGCCCAAUGAUGCUCUCAAAAAUGAGAAAUAUCUGUAAAUGAGAAAAAUGCAAGAAAAACAGCCUGAAUAAUAAUCUGGGAAAUCUCUACGUAUUAUGCUGUUUUGUUAGCUAAAUGUGUAUUAACAUAUGGAUUUGAAUAUGCGUGUGGGCUUUGGUUUUGGGGACCUGAUGUACAGAAAUUAUUAAAGUAUAAUAUACAUACUGGA